GUUUCCUCUUCCCGGAUCGGGCAGGAGUGGGCCACCUGGCUGGUUAUGUCCUUGACGGAUGAGAAGCUCCGGAUUGAGGCCAUAAUGGUCGCCGCCCAGAAGGAUGCAAAGGCAAUCCGGUUGGCGCCCGAGAAAAUGAAGGAGAAGCUGGUCGAACAGGCCGAAGCCUACCGAGGUCCCUUUGCCAAGCACGAGGGCUUGCUCAAGUUCGCCAAGGAGUCGGAUGAGCGGGCUAAGCGGAAGAUUGCCGAGUUGGCAGAGAAGGCCGGGCAGACGGGCCAGCUGGAGGUGGAGAAUGCCCAGCUAAAGGCUGAGCUAGAGAGGGAGCGCUCCGACCGGACUAUUCACGCCGCUGCUUGGGCUGCGCAGGAACCAGAGAAGUUCGCUGCCCAGGCACUUCCUGACCGGGAGGUCGGCAUCCGGUUCUUCCAAGUGUCCCAGCAACUGAUUGAUGACAUUGGGAUCUUUGGGUUUGGGACCGGUCAGUACCAAAAGCACCGUGGAUUGUACGGGAUCUUGAGCAACCGGGUGCAGGAUUUUGACCCGGCCGUUCGAACUCUCAAUCUCUUUAUUCACGGCCGAGCUGUAUCUACCCGGUCUAACGCAUCUCACCAUUCUUUCUACCUGAGUAGAAAAUAAGCCACCCGGGUGGGUUUUGACAAAGCAUGGGCUAUGCUUCAAAGUUGAUCACGUGAGUCAUUUCUUCUUUCACCCGAGUGAACAAGAGCUCUAGUCAUCCGACUGAGCAGGGCAAUCAACUCUUUCCCUUCAU